AUGGAGAUCGUGUACGUGUACACACGCAAGCGCAGCCAGUUCGGCCGGCCCUGCCGCUUCUCGGAGCGGCCGGCGGCGCUGUGCGCCGACAUCCCGCCGGACCCCGCGGCGGCCGCCGGCUUCGUGCUGCGGGGCGCCGCGGACGGCUGGGUGCAGCACACCAGCGACAUGUCGGAGCACGAGGUCAACACGGAGCGGCUGCAGGUGGAAGCCCGCGGUGUGAACCACGCGGAGGGCGGCUGGCCCAGGGACAUCAACCCGCAGGAGGUGGAGCAGGCUAUCCGCUACAGGAAGAAAGUGGAGAAGGAUGAAAACUACAUCAACACCGUCACACACCUCGGCACCCUGAUGGAGCACUGCAUCAAGCAGAACAACGCCAUCAACAUCUACGAGGAGUACUUUGGAGAGGAGACAUCAGAGCUGGAAGACGAGCCCCCCUCUGCUAAAACCCUCAGUGUCAUCAGGGAUCCAAAUGUAACCAAGAGGACUGCCACACGUCUCUCCUGGCACCCCGACACGUGCAGGAAGCUGGCAGUGGCUUAUUCCUGCCUGGAGUUCCAGCAGAACACCAAAGACAUGAGCUUCGACUCGUACAUCUGGGAUCUUGAAAACCUCAACAAGCCAGAGCUGAUUCUCAAGCCCUCCUCACCCCUUGUGAGCCUGGAAUACAACCCCAAAGACUCACACAUCCUGCUGGGAGGAUGCUACAAUGGGCAGAUGGCUUACUGGGACACCAGGAAAGGGGGGCUGCCUGUGGAGGUGUCAGCUGUGGAGUUCAGCCACAGGGACCCCGUGUACGGAGCCAUCUGGUUGCAGUCCAAAACAGGCACUGAGUGCUUCUCAGCCUCCACUGACGGGCAGGUCCUGUGGUGGGACGUCCGCAAGCUGUCUGAGCCCACCGAGACGCUGGUCCUGGACAUCACCCGCAGGGGGCUGCUGGAGAACGCCCUGGGAGCUGUCACACUGGAGUUUGAGCCCACCAUGCCCACCAAGUUCAUGGUGGGCACAGAGCAGGGCAUCGUCAUCUCCUGCAACCGCAAGGCCAAGACACCCCCGGAAAAAAUCAGCAGCACCUUCAGUGGCCACCACGGGCCUGUCUGUGCCCUGGCCAGGAACCCCUUCUGCACCAAAGUCUUCCUGACAGUCGGUGACUGGACUGCUCGGAUCUGGUCAGAGGAGACCAAGGAGUCAUCCAUCAUGUGCACCAAGUACCACCUCUCCUACCUGACAGACGGGUGCUGGAGCACUGUGAGACCGUCUGUCUUCUUCACCACACGGUCAGAUGGGACCCUGGACAUCUGGGAUUUCCUCUUCAAGCAGAACGACCCUUCCCUCAGCCUGAAGGUCUGUGACGAGCCCCUGAGCUGCCUGAGGCUGCAGGACAGCGGCUCUGUGGUCGGCUGUGGCUCGAAGUUGGGCACUGUCACCCUGCUGGGCAUCACCUCCGGGCUCUGCACCCUCCAGAGGAACGAGAAGGCUUUGGCCACAGCCAUGUUUGAGCGGGAGACGAAGCGGGAGAAGCUGCUGGAGGCGCGGCACCGCGAGAUGCGGCUGAAGGAACGCGCCCGGGCCGAGGGGCAGGAGGCUGCGGCGGAGGAGCCGCCGGCACAGGCUGCCCAGGACGUGCUGCACCGAGCCCGCAGGGACUUCGUGGAGCUCAUCGAGGCUGAGCUGCAGAGGAGGGCACGGGCUGAGGCCCAGCAGCAGCCUGGCAAGGGUAAACAGCAGCCGGGAGAGGAGGCGGCUGUGCCGGAGGAACAGAGCCAGCUGCCCAAGGACAAGGUGGAUGAUGCCAAGGAGCCGUAG